AUUAUCAACACCAUACUGUUUCUCCUCUGAGCUCGCUCUCUCUUUGGAUCCGUCGAUUUAGCACUAGCAACACGGCAGCAUGACUCACCAAGGAGAAUCCUCCUCCGACUCGAAAUCGAGUAAGAAAGAUUACUCGACGGCGAUUUUGGAGCGCAAGAAGUCACCAAAUCGGCUAGUCGUGGAUGAGGCGAUCAACGACGACAACUCCGUUGUCGCCAUGCACCCUGAAACCAUGGAGAAACUGCAGCUCUUUCGUGGCGAUACUGUGCUCAUCAAGGGAAAGAAACGGAAAGAUACAAUUUGCAUUGCCCUUGCUGAUGAAACAUGUGAACAGCCAAAGAUCAGGAUGAACAAAGUUGUGAGGUCAAAUUUGAGAGUUCGACUCGGUGAUGUUGUUUCUGUGCAUCAGUGCCCAGAUGUUAAGUAUGGGAAGCGUGUGCACAUUCUCCCAAUAGAUGAUACGAUUGAAGGGAUUACUGGGAAUCUAUUUGAUGCAUUCCUGAAACCUUAUUUCUUGGAGGCUUAUCGCCCUGUAAGGAAAGGUGAUCUGUUCCUUGUCAGAGGAGGCAUGAGAAGUGUGGAAUUCAAGGUUAUCGAGACUGAUCCAGGAGAGUAUUGUGUGGUUGCACCAGACACUGAAAUUUUUUGUGAGGGUGAACCUCUUAGAAGGGAGGAUGAGGAUAGAUUGGAUGAAGUUGGUUAUGAUGAUGUGGGUGGUGUUAGGAAGCAGAUGGCUCAGAUCCGUGAGUUAGUUGAGUUGCCACUAAGGCAUCCUCAGCUUUUCAAAUCAAUUGGUGUUAAACCACCCAAAGGAAUUUUACUUUAUGGACCCCCUGGUUCUGGAAAGACAUUAAUUGCCAGAGCUGUUGCCAAUGAAACUGGUGCAUUCUUCUUCUGUAUUAAUGGCCCUGAGAUUAUGUCCAAAUUGGCUGGAGAAAGUGAAAGCAACCUCAGGAAGGCUUUUGAAGAAGCUGAGAAAAAUGCUCCAUCCAUCAUCUUUAUUGAUGAGCUCGAUUCAAUUGCUCCAAAGAGGGAGAAGACCCAUGGUGAAGUUGAGAGGAGGAUCGUUUCACAGCUUCUGACUUUAAUGGAUGGACUGAAAUCUCGGGCCCAUGUUAUUGUUAUUGGGGCUACUAAUCGUCCAAAUAGCAUAGAUCCUGCUUUGAGGAGGUUUGGCAGGUUUGAUAGAGAGAUUGAUAUUGGUGUUCCAGAUGAAGUGGGUCGCCUUGAGGUUCUUCGCAUCCACACAAAGAACAUGAAGCUUUCUGAUAAUGUUGAUCUAGAAAGGAUUGCAAAGGACACUCAUGGUUAUGUUGGUGCUGACCUUGCUGCUCUAUGCACUGAAGGUGCACUGCAGUGCAUCAGAGAAAAGAUGGAUGUGGUUGAAGUGCCCAAUGUUUCAUGGGAUGACAUUGGAGGCCUUGAGAAUGUUAAGAGGGAACUCCAAGAGACUGUCCAAUAUCCAGUGGAGCACCCUGAGAAGUUUGAGAAAUUUGGGAUGUCACCUUCAAAGGGAGUACUUUUCUAUGGCCCUCCUGGAUGUGGGAAAACUCUUCUGGCUAAGGCUAUUGCAAAUGAGUGCCAAGCAAACUUUAUCAGUGUUAAAGGGCCUGAACUGCUCACCAUGUGGUUUGGUGAGAGUGAAGCCAAUGUUAGAGAAAUAUUUGACAAGGCCCGGCAGUCUGCACCUUGUGUGCUUUUCUUUGAUGAGCUCGAUUCUAUUGCUACUCAGAGGGGAAGCAGUGUUGGUGAUGCAGGUGGAGCAGCUGAUCGAGUUCUAAAUCAACUCCUUACCGAAAUGGAUGGCAUGAACGCAAAAAAGACUGUUUUCAUAAUUGGGGCCACCAACAGGCCUGACAUAAUUGAUCCGGCACUGUUGCGGCCUGGCCGUCUUGACCAGUUGAUCUAUAUUCCUCUUCCAGAUGAGGAAUCACGAUAUCAGAUCUUCAAAUCUUGUUUGAGAAAGUCACCCGUUGCUAAGGAUGUUGAUUUGAGAGCAUUGGCCCGGUACACUCAAGGUUUUAGUGGUGCUGAUAUCACUGAGAUUUGCCAGCGAGCAUGCAAGUAUGCCAUUAGAGAGAACAUAGAGAAGGACAUAGAGAAAGAGAAAAGGAGAAGUGAGAAUCCUGAAGCUAUGGAUGAGGAUGUGGAGGACGAAGUUGCAGAGAUUAAGGCUGCUCAUUUUGAGGAGUCCAUGAAGUUUGCUCGUAGGAGUGUCAGUGAUGCUGACAUUCGUAAAUACCAGGCGUUUGCACAGACCUUGCAGCAGUCUAGGGGUUUCGGAACUGAAUUUAGGUUUCCAGAGAGUGGAACCGGGGCUGCAGCCACAGCAUCUGAUCCAUUUUCAACUUCUGCUGGUGGGGCUGAUGAAGAUGAUCUAUAUAGUUAAAUUAAGUUUCCAGGAAACAUCUUUCUUAAAAUGUAAUGACUUCUUUUAGCUAACUCCUCUCGACUCCUCCUAUGUGUCACUGUUUAUGCUAUUUUGGGAUUUGAGCUUGACACAUUAAUCUUCAGCUUCCAGUUCUCUUACAUUGAUGAUUUUAUCUGGUAAUUUAGACUCAAA